AUGAAACGGCACACUCUCUGUCUUUUGUUAAGCUUGUUAGCAGCUUUUUCUGAAGUCGUGCCUUCUACUCAGAGUCCUGUUGCUUCAACGAGUGACCCACUACCUCGUGUGAAACGAGGGUGGGGCUAUGGCGGUUGGGGCGGCGGAGGCCCUUGGGGUUAUUAUGGAAGAGGAUUCGGCUUUGGAGGUCCAUUUGGAGGCGGCUUUGGAGGUCCCUUUGGAGGUGGCUACGGAUAUCGUCCGUAUGGAUUUGGAGGAUUUGGAGGCGGUCCAUUUGGAUUUUUUGGAUAA